CGGUCGCUUGACCCGGAAGGAGUUUCCCGCGGCUUCAGCGAGCGCGCGCCACGUCCGUCGGUCCGGAAGCGGAAGUGCAAGUGCAGGCCGCGCGGACAGCCCGACUCCCAGUGCCCGGCCAUGGCCCCGCUCGUCGUCCCCGCGCUGCCGCUGCCGCUGCCGCUGCCGCUCCUGCUCCUGGCGGCCUCGGCCAGCCUGCUCCCCCGGGCACACGCCAUCUCCUUCCAGCUCCCCGCCAACUCCAGGAAGUGUCUCCGCGAGGAGAUACACAAAGACGUCCUGGUGACCGGGGAGUAUGAGCUGAGUGAGCAGCCGGGGGGGAGGACCGACCUGAAGGUGACGGAUUCGUCCGGCCACAUCCUGUACUCCAAGGAGGAGGCGAGUAAGGGCAAGUUUGCCUUCACCACCGACGACUAUGAUAUGUUUGAGAUCUGCUUCGAGAGCCGCCUUCCUGCAGGCCAUUUCCGAGUUCCUGACCAGCUGAUUAUUCUCAACACCAAACACGGCGUGGAAGCCAAGAACUACGAAGAUAUUGCGAAAGCAGAGAAGCUGAAGCCCCUGGAGGUGGAGCUGCGACGACUGGAGGACCUCUCGGAAUCCAUUGUCAAUGACUUUGCUUACAUGAAGCAGCGUGAGGAGGAGAUGAGAGACACCAACGAGUCGACCAGCGCCCGAGUCCUGUAUUUCAGCAUCUUUUCCAUGUGUUGUCUCAUCGGCCUGGCCACCUGGCAGGUGUUUUACCUUCGUCGCUUCUUCAAAGCCAAGAAACUAAUCGAGUGAGAGGGUUUAACAGAGGCAGUAGUGAGAGUGUAUGUGUUUGUGUGUGUGUGUGCACGAGAGAGAGAGAAAUAUUGUGCACCUGUGUGCAGAGGGGGUGGGUAUUAAUUUACACGCGUAUUAAAUGUGGUGCUUCAGCUGUUUGGAUUGAGGGCUGUGUUUUUUUUAAAAUUUGUGGCGGUUUUCUGAGAGUCAUUGACCUGUUUCAGAGUCCGGGGGAGGGGGUGGGUGGGGGAGGUCAGUGCUCAGGAGCUGGGACCCAGGAGCCCAUUGUUGCAGCAGGUUGGGUUACUCCCCGAAAGGCAAACCUUUCAUUAUUUUGUUUUUCCAAAGGCUCAGUAAUGUUUGUUCCAAUUCCUGUUGUCUGUAGCUGACGGUUACUGGUUGAAUUUAACAGCGCUGUCGGGCUGUGGGGUGGAGGGGGAUUGAGUUCAGGCUUCUGAGUGGCACACAGCUUUUUGAACCUGAAACAUAGCGCUGUUGCUUUCCCCUCAGCUUGUGGUGGUCUCUGCCAGUUUUCCACACGUCUCUCCUGUCUGGUGACUGAGAGGGGUGCUGCUCUCUCAGUGGUUUAUCCCUCUUUAAUGUUGCUGAACGUGGGGAUACUCAGUCCUGCCCGCUGAAUGUAAGAGGUCCCGACCCCUAACUCCAUUCCCUUCUGAUCUCACAUACUGACUCCAGCCUCCAACUCCUCCCUCCCAAUCCCGGACCCAUGCCCCUCUGAACCGGCACCCCUUAAGUGGACCUUCCUUGCUUCGGUGAACUGUGACGUCUGUUUAUUUGGUCUGUUUCUGACUUUGGAAAUCCCCUCUACACAGCCCCACAGGCACUUAAAGGGAGGGAGUCUGACCACGUCCAUUCAUAGCCAUCCUAGAUGUGGCUUUAGAAAAUUCCUUUGGAACUAUAAAUGAGAGGGCUGGGCUUGGAGCUUUAAAAUGGGCCCUUAACCAUCCAGCGUCUUUUCCCAAUCCCCAUUGGAGCUGCCUCUGAAGUGAGAAAAAGGGUGGGUGAAUCUGGUUGAUUUGUCGAGCGCCCUGGGGGAGGAGGUUAAUUGAGGGUCCAUCUCCUCUCCUUUGAGUCUCUCCCCUGUUGAUUUAAGUACACUCUGAAUUAGCUGUCUGAGCCACCCCACCAUAGUUAGACCCACGUCUUUUGCCACCGUACAGUGCAGGAGAUGCCAAGCCAGGGCUGGUGUGGACUGUGAGCGUCGUCACGUCUCCCUCGAAAGGUCAAGUCAGUGAGGAUGCAGGUCGUGCUGUGUUUGGGCGGGAGGGGAGUGUUCAAAUCAAAUAAUUUAAACUCUUUACCCAGCGGUUAUCUUGCGCUUCCUUCGCUUUCUUCACCCCCCAAUCUCUGUGCGAAUGACCAGGGCCUGUGUCCGUACAAUGUGGGAGUGACUGGUGAUCUGGGCCCUCUCCCUGUGAGAGUGACCAGGGCCUGUGUCUGUACAAUGUGGGAGUGACUGGUGUUCUGGGGCCCUCACCCCAGUGACCAGGGCCUGUGUCCGUACAGUGUGGAAGUGACUGGUGUUCUGGGGCCCUCUCCCCGUGAGAGUGACCAGGGCCUGUGUCUGUAAAGUGUGGAAGUGACUGGUGAUCUGUGCCCUCUCCCUGUGAGAGUGACCAGGGCCUGUGUCCGUACAGUGUGGGAGUGACUGGUGUUCUGGGGCCCUCACCCCAGUGACCAGGGCCUGUGUCCGUACAGUGUGGAAGUGACUGGUGUUCUGGGGCCCUCUCCCCGUGAGAGUGACCAGGGCCUGUGUCUGUAAAGUGUGGAAGUGACUGGUGAUCUGUGCCCUCUCCCUGUGAGAGUGACCAGGGCCUGUGUCCGUACAGUGUGGGAGUGACUGGUGUUCUGGGGCCCUCACCCUGUGAGAGUGACCAGGGCCUGUGUCCGUACAGUGUGGGAGUGACGGGUGUUCUGGGGCCCUCUCCCCGUGAGAGUGACCAGGGUUUGUGAUUGAUAUUGAGUUCCCCCUGGAGAGCCUUUUCACUUUACCAACAAAAAAAAAAUCAACGAAUCCUUUGGAAAUUUUUUUGUUUGUUUGUGCAGAGGUUUUAAGAAUAAACAGAAUUUGUAAUUGAAA